AUGGGAAACAUUUGGCUCUUCUAUGCUAUGAUAUUUUCAUCUCGUCUUGUCCCACUAGAACUCUGAUAUAUUCUUCACUUCACUUUUCGAGCUAGGAAAACGAGCAUGGCAGAAAGCAACGAAAUGGUUAUAAAACGCGGUGGAGGGUAUAUCGGUGUAUUCGGCGCUCCUAUUGAUUUAAUUGCAAAGAACAUCGCUGAUGCUGCUGGUAUUACUGCCAUUCCAUCAGCUCCGUACCAUAUAACACUGAUAACUAAGGAUGAACUACGGCACUUAGCAAGUGAUCCAUCGAAUAAAGCAGAUGAUUUAUAUGAUAGUGCAUCGAAAAUCGAUACAAAACAUUUAUUCUCACUAGGUCUUGGAGGUGAUCCCAGAGGUGUAUGUUGGGUUGUGAUUAUUUGGAAUGCUGGAAAUAUCUUUCGUAAAAAGUAUGGACUUCCCGUCAAGCAAUUCCAUAUAACCUUAAGUAACAACGAUGACCAUUCGUUGGAUAAAAGUCUUUAUUCAUUGCUUGAACCAUUUUCAAUGGAAAAUCAACAUUUAAAUACUAUUGAUCAUCUCGUCCUGUCAUACAACUUGUCUGACCAAUAUGAUCAAGUCCUUAUCUACGCACGAGAAAUGUGUAGUCGAUUUCCUGAUUCGGAAAAGAGUUGGCUACGCUUGGGUGAUAUCGCACGACGUAACGAACAACACAAAUUAGCGAUGUUAGCUUACGCUCGAACAAUGCAACUCGUGCCAGGACAUGGAAAUGAAAAACUCCGUGAAUAUUGCUCAAAAAAGAUCUUUAACUGCGCCUCCAUGUACACCGAAUGGGGAUGUUUGUUUGGCGAAAAUGAAUUAGAGCAAAUACCAAAUGAAUUGAGACAGCAUUUGUUUACACAUUGGCCUCAAAUCAUUCGUGAACAUUUCGUGAAUAUAUAUUCGGAUGAACAGCCACAAUUUAGUCAGAAUACACGUGAUCAUCUUUUAGUACCAUUUGUAGAUCCAAGAAGUGUGAAUCAAAAUUUAGAAAUGUUUUCAUUACCACGUUAUUUUCGUUGGAUUGUGCCAUUUUUCCUCUCGGUCAUGUCAACUCCUCGUCAUGAACGUGAUAUUGAUGCACUGGCUUCUCCCCAUAUUGGUGUUCGACAUGUAGUCACGCUAACUGAAGAAGAUCCGUUGCCUGAAGAAUGGUUCUUUAACAAAACCAUAUCACAUACACACCUUCCGGUUGGAAACUAUCACGCACCAACCAUUGAACAAGUCGAUUUAUUCUUUCGACUGGUGACUGAUCAAGCAAAUGCACCUUUGCUAAUCCAUUGCGGCGGCGGUAAAGGUCGAGCUGGUACGAUGAUUGCUUGUUAUCUGACUGUUUACGGUUUCCAGUCACCAUCUGCUCAAGAAUGGACACAGCCACGUAUGUCUGCAGGUGAAGCUAUUGAAAAAUUGAGACAACUACGACCAGGUAGUAUCGAAACCGAAGAGCAAGAACGAUUUGUUCAUGCAUUUGUAAGUAUUGUGUGGAAACGCCAAUCACCUUUGCCACCAUUACCAGCGGAGCCAGAAGGACUUCCACUUGAAAUCGAAGGACUCCUAGAUGGAAAUAUUGAUUUAGUAAUGCUUUGUGGUCUACCUGGAUCAGGAAAAUCGUAUGUAGCACAAAUGAUGGUCAUACGUGAUGAACAAUGGACAAUCGUCUCUCAAGAUGAAACCAGAUCACGUGAUACGUGUGAACGUGAAUUAGGUCGACCUGGUAAAUAUUCGAAAGCGAUUCUUGAUCGUUGUAAUCCCAAUCGAGAAGAUCGAAGGGAAUGGUUAGGUAUCGCGCAUUGGGCACGAAAACCCAUCUGUGUGUAUUUUGAUUAUGAUCCUCAAUUGUGUAUCUCUCGCGCACAGCAGCGUACUGAUCAUCCAACGCUCGUGCCUGGUCAACGCGUACGAACAGCAGUUCAAAGUAUGCAGCGACAAAUGGAAAGACCACGACUAGAUGAAGGUUUUGCAGCUAAGACUAACACCGCGGCCGAAGACGACUUUCUAGUUUCAUUCAAUCAAUCAACACAUUCGCCAUAUGUUGUCAUUACAGAAAAAGUCGACGGUGCCAAUAUGGGCUUUUCGUUAUCAGCUGAUCGAGAACUACUCGUACAGAAUCGAUCACAUUAUGUCACAUCGAAUACACAUGCACAAUUUCGUCCACUCUAUACAUGGAUUGAAGCACAUCGCGAAGGUCUUUACAAUAUUCUUGAUCGGGAUAAUUCAUUUCCUGAACGAUACAUUCUCUACGGCGAAUGGCUCGUUGCAAGACAUUCGAUUCCCUAUUCUCGAUUACCUGACCGAUUUCUUGCGUUUGAUUUGUACGAUCGGCGAACAAAAACAUGGGCCGAUCGUGACACACUCGAACGAUUACUUGAAGGAACGCAAAUCUCACUUGUCUAUGUUAUGUAUCGAGGACCACGACCGGCAGAUAAUGUUCUCAAAGGAAUGGUUCAACAACCGUCUCAGUUCUAUGAUGGUCCAGUCGAAGGUAUCUAUGUCAAAGAAGAACAAAACGGACAAGUGAUCAAUCGUGGUAAAAUUGUACGAGCUGAUUUCACUGCUGGGAUAACGGAACAUUGGGACAAAGCACCGAUAAGAAAGAAUGGGCUUAUUUUUGAUGGUGAUGAUGUUGAAUAA